AGAAAAAGUAAAAAUGUUUGUUGUUUUCAGCAGGAGUCAAAAUUCACACUUCCACUCCUGGAGCUGGACUUUCCCAGAGCAGAGAGAGAGAGAGACUGGAGCUGAAGGUGAGGCACUGUGAGAGGGUCCCACUGCUGGAGCGUGUGUGUGUGUGUGUGUGUGUGCUCAGGGGCAGUGGCCUCUGCCUUAGACAGCAAGUAGUCAGAAUCUGCAGAGGUGUCACUUCACACCUCUGCGGCCUGGCCCGGACUUAUAAACCAGUGGAGGAGAGCGGAGCAGCACUCACAGCUUCCCAGUUCUUCCAGUCAGACCACUUUAACAACAUGGAUACCUCCUCUGUCCCUCUGCUCGGCUACAACCUGCAGUACCAGUGGUCCUCUGACACGGACCUUUCCAGCAUUUCGUCACCAGAGACCCUCUCACCUGUCCUGUCCAUGGACUCCAGCUUCUCCCCUAACUACCAGCAGCCUCCACAGUCCACUCCCAAAGCAGCCAAGUGCCUCAAGUCCUCACCUUGCUCCCCACCUGGACGAGGCCGGAAGACGGGUCGGAGCACCCGGAUUCGCAGCAAGCAGAGGGAGAGCGCCAGUGAGAAGGAGAAGCUGAGGAUGAGGGAUCUGACCAAAGCUCUCCACCACCUCAGGUCCUACCUCCCGCCUUCAGUCGCACCUGUCGGGCAGACCCUGACGAAGAUAGAGACGCUCCGUCUCACCAUCCGCUACAUCUCCCACCUGUCAGCACAGCUGGGCCUGAGUGAGGAGGUGCUAUUUCAGAGGAGGGAACAAGUGGACACCUCAGCCAGCGGCACGUCCUCUCCUGACCUCAUUAGCUACUUUCAAAACUCCUCCGCAGGAGGAGAACACGUGCAGAGCCAGAACCCGUUCCAAGGCCUGUGUCACAGCCAGAACAGACCACUGCAUCCUGGGCACUGUAGUUUUGGAGUGAAUCAGCUGAGAACGCAGUACGCUGAAGGCCCUCAGGGAGACGUGAGCGUGGAUGCAGCUCUGCGGUCACCUCCAGCAUCCCAGCCCUCUUGUCAGAUGUGUGGUAAAGACUUCUGCAUCCCACUUGUUCCAAGAGACUACUGGGGCUGACCUCUCAGAGACCACAGACCCAAACCCCUUCGGUGAUUUCAUUGCAUCAUUGUGAAUCCAGUAACUUAUUUUGAAUAUAUGCUUUUCUACAUUUUAUUUAUUUGUUCCUAGUAAAUAUGCCU